GCAUCUGACCUUUGUCUCAAAAGUCCACACAGACGAUUCCACCGGAAGUUAACGCUCAGUUAGCCAUGGCAGUCCACACGAGAGAAGCUAAAUUAGAUCUGGUCACCAAACACAUAAAACCUUUUCCUGAUUUCCCAAGCAAAGGAAUACUUUUCAGAGACAUCUGUCCAAUUCUCAAAGACCCGGUUGCAUUGACCGCAGUCAUCGAUCUUUUUGAGGAACAUGUGAGGCAGACUCAUCCCCAAGUAGAACUGAUUGUCGGUCUGGAUGCUCGGGGAUUUCUCUUCGGACCCCUUCUAGCCCAGAGGUUAGGAGUGGGAUUUGUGCUGGUCCGGAAGAAGGGGAAGCUCCCAGGGCCUACAGUGUCUGUGGCAUACAAACUGGAGUAUGGAGAGGCCGAGGUUGAGGUCCAGGAGGAUGCAGUGGCUCCAGGAGAGAAAGUGCUGCUCAUCGAUGAUCUACUAGCCACUGGAGGAACCCUGUGUGCUGCCUGUGAGCUCAUGAAGAAACAGAAUGCAGAGGUAAUGGGCUGCAUGGUGAUCAUUGAGCUCAAAGAGCUCAACGGGGUUGAAAAGCUGAAGCCAAAUACCCUCUUCUCCCUGGUGCAGUAUUGAGGUCAAAACAAUUCCAAGUGUUCCAUUCAGUAUGGUUUAGAACACACCACUUUGAUGCAGUUUACUGUCUUACAGUUCCUACCCAACUGUAAUGAACUGUGAUGGAGACCUUUUUUUUGGGUUACAUUUUUGUUACAGGUAAACUUUCCAAAGCAUUUCUAUGAACUAUAAAGCAAAUGCCAUUCAAUUUAUAAGUAUACAUAGUACGUCUCUGACGGUUAUGGAAUUUUGGAAGACUAUUUGGCCAUCCAAAUGACCACGUCACUAUAAUAACUGUUCGAAUAGCAGCAACAACAAAAACAUUUUUACACACACUUUUCUCCUCUCCUCCACGUGCCAUCAUAUGAAUAGAACGGGCGUCCCCAUUCAAGUCAAUGAUGGCAUAAUGGGUGGACUGGCGAAAGCAGGAAGCGUACCAUAGAGAAAGAGGCGAGAGGAUUCUCUCUUCCCAAAACCGGUUCAUGUGAGAUUAACCCUUUUUUGUAUGGAACUCGUGAGGCUUCUUUGAUAACAAUGUGCAAUUGAAAAGCCACUUAUUCUUACAUUGGUUCAAAAUACUGACCCUCAACAAGGUGUAGAUGAGAGAAAUAACAAAAAAUUGCCAAAAGGAAGUGCCGGCUGGCUGGCUUGCCUCUGAAGCUAAGCAGGGUUGUCCCUGGAUGGGUGACCAGAUGCUGCUGGAAGUGGUGUUGGAGGGCCAGGAGGCACUUUUUCCUCUGGUCUUAAAAAAUGCCCCAGGACAGGGAUUGGGGACAUUGCCCUUUGUAGGGUGCCGUCUUUUGUUUGGGAUGUUAAACAGGUGUCCUGGCUCACUAUAAAGAGCACAUGGCACUUAUCUUUAAUUGGGUGUUAACCCUGGUGGCCUGGCUAAAUUCCCAAUCUGGCCCUCACACCAUGAUCACCUAAUCAUUCACCUCUCCUCUUAGUCGGUGCUGUACAUGAGAAUGUGUUCUCAGCCAAUUUAACUGGUAGAAUAAGGGUUAAAGAUCUAAAUGUGGCAUUCUGAGAAACUUAAUGUUGCACGCGUAUCUUCCUUAUUGGCAUUUCUAUUGUUUGAGCAGUCACAGCUUUGUCAAUAUAGACCAUCUGCGUGUACCCAUCAAUGUGCUGUUAUUUUCAUUACUGUCUUGAUCUAUAACCAUUAGUUGUGAUAGUCCUCAUUUAUAUGCAAUAAGUAUCCAUGUCUAAAGAUGCCUUCUGUUAUGUACUGGUGCAAUUAUGAGUCAUUUUGUCAGUAUACUUGUUUCACCAUGACUGGCUAAUUGUUUCAAACUUCUGCAGAAUAAAAAUGAACUGUUCACAUUGGAGAAACAUGUGCACUACGGAAUAAAA